AGAGGCAAAGAAGGCCUCAGUCUCCGUUCACACUUCGACGCUUCACAAUCCACACUCUCCACUGUACUAGCAAUCUAUCUCCAGAGUCCAGAUCCCCGCCCACAUCCUCCUAGGUCCUAGCCGACUACUGUGCCGGCGAUGAGGAAGACGGGGGUGACCUCCGCCACCACAGGCGCAGCCGCAGGAGGAGGAGGAGGAGGAGGGGCAGGCUGGCCGUGCGGCGGCGGCCUCAACCUCAGCGUGAGGCUCAACGUGCUGCUGCUGCUGUCGGUGGUGGCCACCAACCUGGUGUCCCUCUACCACCUCUCCCUCCGCGCCGCCACCGCGCCGCCGGUCCUCCUCCAGCAGCGCCAGCAGCAGGGCGGCGACCAGGAGGAGCUGGCCCUGAUCCGGCAGCUGGACGCCAUCCGCGCGGGCGUGUCGCAGCUGAACCACCUCCGUUCCUCGUCCCCGCCGCCGCCGCCUCCCCCGCUGGAGCUGCUCCUCUACUCCCGCCUCGCUCCCGUCGCCUCCGCCUGCUCCGCGCACCCGGACCUUCUCCACCGGUACAUGUCCUACACCCCCUUCGCGCCCUGCCCCGACGACGCCCUCUCCCUCGCCGAGCCGCUCCUCCUCCGCGGAUGCCACCCGCUCCCGCGCCGCCGGUGCUUCUCCCCCACCGCCUCCGCGUCCGCGUCCAAGCUCCUCCCCGACGACCCCUUCUCCCCGCUCCCCGACGCCGCCGUCCGCUGGCCCAAGGAGGGGAAUUGCAAAUCUUUCUCCUGCCUGCAGCCGUCGCUGGGCUUCGACGUGGCGCGCACGGAGGCCGCUCGGUUCCUCCGCGCGCGGAGCGCCCUGGACCUGACGGCGCCGCAGCUCCUGCGGCUGGCGUCGCUGAGCCGCGCGGGGCCCAUCCGGCUGGGGCUCGACGUCGGCGGCGGCACGGGCACGCUGGCGGCGCGGCUCAAGAAGCUCGCCAACGCCACGGUGGUGACGACCACCAUGAACCUGGGCGCGCCGUACUCGGAGGCGGCGGCGGCGCGCGGGGUGGUGCCGCUGCACGCGCCGCUGCAGCAGCGGUUCCCGGUGGGGGACGGGACCAUGGACCUGGUGCGGGCGGGGCACGCCGUCAACCGCUGGAUCCCGGAGGUGGCGCUGGAGUUCCUGUGGUACGACGCCGACCGGGUGCUGCGCCCGGGCGGGCUGCUCUGGGUCGACCACUUCUGGUGCCGGAGGAGCGACCUGGAGGGCGUCUACGCCGCCAUGCUGCGGAGGCUCGGCUACAAGACCAUCAAGUGGGCCAUCGCCGACAAGAGCGUCGCCGGCGGCGGCAACGGUGGCAAGGACGAGGUCUACCUCACCGCGCUGCUGCAGAAGCCAUUCAGCUAGGUGGGUGGCGCACAAUGUGAAAUUGAAGUUCAUCGAUCAAUGGAGCAUCGAUCUUCUUGGCUGAAGACCGAAGCAAUGCAGAUUGCAGUCAGCUUGUGCUAUACGCUUGCAGUUUCUGCAGCAAUGUGUGCAAGCCAAGCUGUUGAACUGAUGGGCAAGCAACCUUGGCAUUUUUUCAUCAUUGUAUGUAAAUGGGAGUAUUAAUGUCAUAAUUAGCAGCCGUCCUCUAGAGAAUUUCGUCCAGUGAUUAACAGGCCUCACCAUAUGACAGCAAUUUUUCCUCCACUGAUUCCUGGUUUGCAAGUUAAACUGUUUACUGAUAGUACAAUUUUUGUGUUGGAUUUUUA